AUGUUUAACCUUUCAUGUUCGGAUAAGAAGUGGCUCACUUUGAUCGUAUCCUCUGAUUCCAGUCGUAUCAGUCAACUGUUCAUGAUUCGCAGCAAACCGGGCUACUUAGAUCGCUUGGUUAACAGUAUUUCGGAUCUAAACUCUCAAGUCCUCCGCGCCAAAGCCCGUGUGAAGGAAUCGGAACUGCGUGUUCAAGAAGCUAGUGCCGAACAGGAGAUCCAAGCUACAGAAUUGAUCCGUUGUCGAAAUUUGUGCAAAGAGCUAGUUGGUUUCAUGGAGAAGGAGCUGACGCGAAUUUGCGAUCGGUCGGUACAGAUUGUUGGCCCAGUACUUGACCUCUGAUUUUUUGUGGACUUUCUCUGCCUCGUUGUUGCUGUGACGCGUUUUUCUUUGCGAUAUGUUUGUUUACCUUCUUGACUUUUCUUUACUGCCUUUCCCUGUGUUUGCAUACUCAUGAGUCCAGUUAACAUGGAACAUUUGGAAGUCGAAUUUUCGUUACUUUUUCAUCCGUCCUCUCCGUCGAAUUCCCUUCAGGUGUCGUGCUGUUCCACAGAAUAUCAUUACCUUCACCUCUUUUCAUGUGACACAUCAGUUUAGGAGUGUUUGGGAGAACCGAGGUGUCAUUCACCUCAGUUUAUGGCUUUGCACACGGCCUUCUAGCUUUUGAUCAGUAUUGCCGUACUCCUCUAUGUGCGCUUAUGUCAUCUGUGUUAACGCUUGUAGUGUAAGGGACCACGAACCGUAUUACAAAAGUCCGAGGCGCUUGAGCCAAUUUCGCCACCUAUGGUUCCAGUGCGACAUCACCCUCAACCUGAAUGUCAGAGUUUAUG